AUGAAGUCCCAGCAGCUCCUUUACCGCUUGAACCAGCGCCUGCAAGCCGGCCUGAUCAAUCGGCCGACCAUCGCCCAGUUGGCCAUGACCCAGCACCCGCCGGUGAUGGUGCCGAUCCCGGAGCCGCCCCGCAAGCGGACCUUCUCCAAGCAGAUGAUUCGCGACAUGCCGUACUGGUACACCAACCGUGCGGCCGUGACUUCCGGUAUGAACAGCGCGCGCGGGGCUUACGUGCAUCCGGAGCUGCAGGACUUCUUCCGUCGCUUUGCCGAGGACUACGAGUUGGAGAAGCGCCGGAAGCCCACCAAGGACAAGGUCGGGUCGCGUCCCCCCUCGCUCGACCGCCAUGGUGAUGCCCUCUUCACGCGGUACUUCCCGCGCGACCCCAACACCCAGAAGACCCAGCGCUCGCGCUUCCCGGAGCUGGUGCUGCACUCGCUCCCCCGGAGCACCGGCAACAUCUCCAUCACCAACAGCCGGUCGGUUGAUGACUGCCUGGAGAAGGUGAAUGAGAUCCGCCGCGUGGCCCCGCUUGACCUCUACGAGACCCUGGCUCACAAUGCCCUGGAGACCUUCCACCUGCAGGAGCGCCGUCGUGCUGCCAGCCGGCGCAUGUAUGCCGAUGUGUCCCUCAGUGACAUUGUCAUCCACCCGGGGCUGAUGGGCCUCCUCCCGCGGGGCAUCUCCUCCGAGUACUCGAAGCUCAUUAACCAGGGCUUCGAUGCCCAUGCCGCCUUCCGCCAUAGCUACCACAAGACCUUCCACGCCUCCGAGACCGAGGCCGAGGCCGCCUCCAAGGCCAAGGCCAAGGCCAAGGCGAAGGCCAAGGCCGCCCAGGCUUCCAACUCCACCUGA